AUGACCCCGUCUAAGGCAAAUGGCCGCUCAAAUGGAUAUGCCAAUGGUCACGCCAAUGGUCACGCCAAUGGUCACGCCAACAGCCAGGUUACGGGCGCCCCGGGCAGCACACAUGUCCUCGAUCCUCUCCACGACGACAAGACUGACCGAUCAAGAUGGAGGCUAGAGGUCGGGGAAGGAAAUCGCCAUGUAUGGCACUAUCUCAAAAGUGACGACGAUAUCCAGAAGUGGCCUCAAUCCACCGCAGACAAAUACUUCCUCGGCCUACCAACUGAACAACCACAUCUCCCUCCAGCCACUAGACCCUCAGAAUCCAUAGACAACGUCCUCACGUUCUACUCCAAGCUUCAACUUCCUCCUGGAAACUGGGCAUGCGAGUACGGCGGCCCUCUCUUCCUCCUGCCUGGUAUUGUCGUCUGCUGGUACGUCACCCAGACUCCAAUUCCACCAGAAUGGCAGAUCGAGAUUCGGAAUUAUCUGUUUGCAAGACAGAAUAAAGACGGAGGCUGGGGCCUGCAUGUUGAAGGUCAUAGUUCCGUCUUUGGCACAGCAAUGAAUUAUACUAUUCAGAGAAUUCUCGGCGCCAGCGAGGAAGACCCAAGGCUGAUCAAGGCGAGAGGCAAACUGCAUCAAAUGGGUGGCGCUGUCAAUGGUCCUCACUGGGCUAAGUUCUGGCUCAGUAUGCUGGGUGUCACCGAAUGGGAAAUCGUCAACCCCGUUCCUCCCGAGCUAUGGUUACUUCCAGAUUGGGUUCCCAUUGCUCCUUGGAGAUGGUGGAUUCACAUGAGACAAGUUUUCCUGCCUAUGUCCUAUAUCUGGUCCAAAAGAUUUGUUAUGCCGGAAACCCCUCUGAUCCGAGAACUGCGACAAGAACUCUUCAUUCGACCACACGACACCAUUGACUUCCUGUCCCACCGAAACUCCAUAGCCGCUGAGGACAACUAUCGCCCCAAGUCCUGGCUUCUCAAUUUGAUCAACUGGAUACUGGUCUGGAUCUGGAUUCCUUACCUUCGUUCAGAGUCAAUUGUACGGAAGGCGGAAGCGUGGACAUGGAGGCUCAUCCAAUACGAAGACCACAACACAGACUAUGCCUGUCUUGCUCCGGUAAAUGCCCCCAUGAAUACUAUCGCCUGUUAUAUCAAGGAAGGCCGUGAUAGCCAUUCUUUUCAGCAACAUCUGUAUCGUCUGCACGAGUAUCUCUGGGUAAACGCUGAGGGCAUGCUCGCCAAUGGAACCAAUGGAGUCCAGGUGUGGGACACUUCUUUCACCCUGCAGGCAUGUGUCGAAGCAGGUCUUGCAACGUCCCCAAAAUGGAAGCCCAUCUUGGCCCGAGCAUUAUCUUUUCUUGAACGCGAGCAGAUUCGUGAAGAGGUCCCCGAUCGCGACCUUUGCUACCGCCAAUCGCGCAAAGGAGCCUGGCCCUUCAGCACCAAACUCCAAGGCUAUGCGGUCAGCGAUUGUACGAGCGAAGCUCUGCGUGUAACCCUCCAGCUCCAGAAUGAGCAUGGCUAUGACUGCCUCAUCGACGAGCGACGGAUUAAAGACGCUGUAGAUGUUCUGCUUACCAUGCAAAAUAAACAUACAGGUGGCUUCUCCUCAUACGAGACCCAGCGUGGUUCUGAGCAUCUGGAGAUGUUGAACGCUGCUGAGGUCUUUGAUCGUAUCAUGGUCGAGUAUGAUUACCCAGAGUGCACCACUUCUGUUGUUACGGUGCUGUCUUUAUUCCAGAAGCACUAUCCCGACUAUCGGGCAGCCGAGAUCAAACAUAUCAAAAGCACCGCGUGCGCGUAUAUUCGCAACGCUCAGAGACCCGAUGGGUCAUGGUAUGGUAGUUGGGGUGUCUGUUUCACUUAUGCUGCAAUGUUCGCGUUGGAAUCCCUCAGCACCGUAGGCGAAACGUACAGCACGUCUGCUCACGUACGCAAAGCUUGCCAAUUCCUUCUGGCGCAUCAAAUGGCCGAUGGAGGCUGGGGAGAAUCCUAUCUGGCCAGCGAACUCAAAAUCUGGAUCGAUUCCGAGACAUCACAGGUUGUCGCUACCAGCUGGGCCGUCAUAGCCUUGAUGUACGCCGGAUACGACGACAAAGAGCCUAUCCGUCGAGCCCUGCAAAUGGUGAUGAGUCGGCAGAGGAGUAACGGGGAGUGGGCACAGGAGUUGAUUGAAGGUGUUUUUAACUGCAGCUGCAUGAUCACGUACCCGAACUACAAGUUCUUUUUCCCAAUAAAGGCGCUGGGUAUGUAUAAAGCACGAUGGGGAGAUGAGAAACUAUUAUGA